GCAUCUGGACUGCGUCCUUUUAACUCAAUCACCGAUUUCAAUUUGACUUCGAGCCGCGAAAGAUCCCGCGUGGCUGCUGGAGAUGCGGAGCACCGUGCAAGGACUAGCCAUGGCCAUGCUCGCCGUUGCCUUGCCCCUCCUCGCAAUCUGUCCCGCAAGGGCAACGUUGACCGCAGGCGUUCAGUAUCCGCUCACCUGCGAUCCCAUCAACACUCGACUAGCCCCGGACACGAAUCAAUUGGUCAGCGACUGCGGAUAUGUAGCGUGGUGCGACGCAUCCAGCUUGGUGGAAGGCAGAGGCACGUGCAGGCCUAACGGUUGUAGAAGAGACACUUUCCCCUUUGGCUAUGGCAAUGGCACUACAAGGGAUGAUUGGCCCAGAAUCUGUCCACGGGGUCAGUUCUGCCCAGACGAGAUGGCGAGAUGCUUGCCGCAGCAAGCAGCAGGCUCUGCCUGCCAGCUGAAUCGUGACGACGAGUGUGCGCCCCCGUCGGCGGUGUCGCAAGGGUCGAGCAGUGUGUGCUUGCGAUACACGUGUCAGCACAAGAACAUCACUUUGGGCAACGAGUGCAUACACGACAAUACUCUGUACACCGUCUACGUUUCUAGACGACAAGACUAUGGGCUCAUCAUAAGCAGGGACAAUUGCCAGAGCGGGCUUUUCUGUGAUGCUGGGUCUUCGCGAUGUCUAUCACAGCAACCACUGGGCGCCGCAUGCUCCUCCGAUAAAGAAUGUCUCUCACUGACUUGCAGAGACCAGUCCUUUACGCCAAACUCCUCUUCACUUGGGAACACCAUCAACCUAAAAACAGGACGAUGCGGAUUUGCAGAAGAGGAACGCAAGGUCAAGGUUGGAAUUUUGGUUGGCGCUUUCUUCGCUUUCAUAGCCGGCGGUGUACUCUUUUCCAUCGUUCUCUUUAGAGUGCACAAUGCUCAGCGCAGAGAACGACUGGCCAAAAGGAGAGCUGAAGAAGCUCAAGCUUUGGCGUUGAGGGAAGGUUCCCUGCCACUUUCAGCUUCACUCGCCAAUAUGACCGCCACUGCUUUCGGAUCGACCUCGGCUAUACAGACUAGGACCGGGGAAGUGCUGAAGCCCAGUGGAGUCGCGAGCGGUCUUACCGAGGGAGGCGCAUCAAGGACCACUUUCAUUCGAGAGCGAAGCGGCGAAUCGUUGGAGGUGUAGCGGUCCGUGAGGAGUCUCGGUGUCACGAGGCUUGUUGGAGCAGCAGAACGAAGAUGAAACGGUGGUUUGCGAAUCGCAACAAUUUGGGACUGAAUUGCCCUCCAAAUCGGGCAUAUCUCGUCCUGCACAGCU